AUGAAAUUGACGUUUAAAUUUUUAAUUCUUCUUCCUUACCAAAUUUUCCCCGCCGUGUUUUCUCAUGUCCACAUCAGGGAAACUGGCCUUUCACUCGUACAGUCCGGAGAAACACCCUCGAGCUCUAAGUCGUGCAUUUUGGCGGAAUUUUUGGAAACAAACACUUCUGCAUCACUAAGGAUAGAAUGUGGUGUCCAGUGUAGCAGGACCGAACAGUGUGUUGGGAUGGAAAUCGCUGGAACAAAGGAAAAGGUCUGCAGAAUUGUUAAAGGGUUUUCGGCCUUAAUUCCAUCUCAGACAUCAUCUGGAUCAAUCUCUCGUUAUCAAAAGAAAGGAGAGAAAGCUAUUGGCAAAGACUAUUUUUGCACAAUUCCAUUACUGAACGUACAAAAUGUAUCAACAAUUUGUCACAAAGGAGUCUACACUUGGGUGUUAAUUCAGAGGAGGAUUAACGGGGCAGUCAACUUUACCAGGAACUGGCCAGAGUACGAGUCAGGGUUCGGUUCCAUAGACUCUGAAUUUUGGCUGGGCAAUGCUUAUAUCCAUCAGUUAACCUCUGAGGGGUACACUUAUCUUAGAAUAGAAAUGAUGGACCACGACUGUGUAUGGAAAUAUGCAGAAUAUGCAACAUUUAAAGUAGAAGGCAGCACUGCGAAAUAUAGAUUAAGCGUUGCUGAUUAUUCUGGAAAUGCAGGCGACAGUCUAGGGUAUCAUGAUGGAAUAUACUUCAGUACGUACGAUUAUGAUAAUGAUACCUGGCAAAACAAUUGUGGAAAGACACGCCGUGGCGGGUGGUGGUACCGCGCAUGUCACAAAUCAAACCUGAACGGAGAGUACAAUAAUACGGAUUACUCCGACGGAAUCAACUGGUUCCACUGGAAGGGGUUCUACUACUCAAUGAAGGAAGUGAGAAUGAUGCUGAGGAAACCUUGAGA